CCCCUGUUUCUGUCCCUUCUGUCUCGCCGUAGCGUCCCCAGGAGAGAGCGGCAUUGUGCGGUCCCGUCCCCCCCGCCCUUCGCGCAUGCGCCACCGCACAUUCCCCCGCCUGGCGGCUACGGAGCUGCCGCCGCUUCCCCCCUCCCCGGCCCUGCUCCCCGCCGAGGAGGAGGCGGCGCCCCGCCCCCCCGAAAGCUGCCUCUUGUUCCUGUGCUGAAUGAUGAAUAACGUUGUCCUAAACAGAGCCACGCACUGAAAAGCUGACGUACAGUUUCCAAAGAUCUCUUCCAAAAUUUCUUACCAGUGGCUCAUCUCCACCGAAGAGAACUCUAGUGUAGAUAAGACACAGGUUUGUGUUAUUAGAGCAGUUCUUUUGGUGUGAAAGGCUCCCUUUUGAAGCAGCACAUUCAUUCAUUGCUUCAAGUACCAUACAUCUGACUUGCUAGCUUGAGAACCAUGGCAACAGAAGAGAAGAAACCAGAUGCAGAAUCCACCAAAACACAAUCUACUCCUUCCUCCUCAACCAAUCAGACCAAGCCGGCACCUGUAAAACCAAACUACGCUCUAAAGUUCACAUUAGCAGGACACACUAAGGCGGUUUCGUCAGUAAAGUUUAGUCCCAAUGGAGAGUGGCUGGCCAGUUCCUCGGCUGACAAACUCAUUAAAAUUUGGGGAGCAUAUGAUGGCAAGUUUGAAAAAACAAUAUCUGGUCACAAACUGGGUAUCUCUGAUGUAGCAUGGUCAUCAGAUUCCAACCUUCUUGUCUCUGCCUCCGAUGACAAAACUCUCAAAAUUUGGGAUGUGAGCUCGGGCAAGUGUUUGAAGACACUGAAGGGGCACAGUAACUAUGUCUUCUGCUGCAACUUCAACCCCCAGUCCAACCUCAUUGUUUCAGGCUCAUUUGAUGAAAGUGUGCGGAUAUGGGAUGUGAAAACGGGGAAGUGCCUCAAGACACUGCCUGCGCAUUCUGACCCAGUUUCAGCUGUGCAUUUUAAUCGUGAUGGUUCCCUGAUAGUGUCAAGUAGCUAUGACGGUCUCUGUCGAAUCUGGGAUACAGCAUCAGGCCAGUGCUUAAAAACAUUGAUUGAUGAUGAUAACCCUCCUGUGUCUUUUGUGAAAUUCUCUCCAAAUGGCAAAUACAUACUCGCAGCAACUCUGGACAACACACUGAAACUUUGGGACUAUAGCAAAGGAAAGUGCCUGAAGACGUACACAGGUCACAAGAAUGAGAAAUACUGCAUCUUUGCAAACUUCUCCGUCACUGGUGGAAAGUGGAUUGUGUCUGGUUCAGAGGACAACCUGGUUUAUAUUUGGAACCUCCAAACAAAAGAGAUUGUACAGAAAUUACAGGGACACACAGAUGUUGUGAUCUCAACAGCUUGUCACCCGACAGAAAACAUCAUUGCAUCAGCGGCACUAGAAAACGACAAAACAAUUAAACUGUGGAAGAGUGACUGUUAAACACUUUCAGUAUCACUUUAGAGACUGCCAGGAAAAUUGUGGGUUUGUGUUUUUUUUAAAUCCCCCCUCCCCACCCCCAUGAGAAUAAUAAUGAGAUAAAACCCAGGUUGGCAGGAAACCUGAAGAAUAUUUGAGAAAGCGGUUUCUGUUAGUCUUGACCCAAAGAGAAUGUCUUAGCUUGUUGCUAGAGCCGGGCAGUGUGGUGGAAAAAAGCAAGCAGUCUCUCCUUUUCGUGCCUGAUCCCUUGGCAGACAAACGGAUCCUUCUAACAUCGCAUUAGGAGUAUCAGCCUUGAAUUGGAAGCCCCAGAGAUACUGUACUUUGUGGUGAAGGUGGCACUGCUCCUUGGCUGUCUUGUUGCUGCUUAAGGAGCUGUCGGUCUGUUUUGUACCAGUAAGUUAAGUCGUAAUACUAGAAAUACUUGGGUUUUUUUUUAAAAAUGUCUAAUUUUUAUUUUUUUUAUUGCAGACCGGUAGGUUCUAGUCUAUCAGAAGUGUCUCUUUAUUGUUUUGAAUAGGAGUGCUGCAUCUUUAAGGAUGCCUCAUUUUAAACACUCAGCUCCAACUUUGUGACCAAAUAAAACCAUCCAGUUCCAGAGUUCCCUUUCCUGCCCCAGCUCCAGACUCCUGUGGUGAAAUAUCUGCUCUUACUUCUGUGUAGUUGCUGACCCCUCAUUACGUGUGUUUAAUAGAUGCUGUCAUAGAACAAAGUUGCAGCGUUUUUUUCUUUUCCCUGUUAACCAUUAAAGCGAUUCCUGCUUGUAGUUGUUCUCAGCAUAUUUUACCUUUUUUUUUUCUCUCUACUGGAAAAAAAAGUGAGUUCACAAAAUAUUGUAAAGUUACUUCAGUGUAGGAAACCCUCUCGCCCCCAACAAUUUUGUAUCUUGGAAAUCCAUCGUAUCAACCUGUGUUGCUAAUAGCAUGACUCUGUAACUAUUUCAGCGUCGCUAUGUCUUUUCCCCUUUUUUGUCACACUCGUGUGGUAUUGACACAUCCAAACCAGAACCAUAUGCCAUAAUAAAAAGGUGGGAUUUUACGUGUACGCUGGUGGUGAGAGUGCACUAAUGUGAAGUGUCCGCGUCCCUUCCGCUCACAAGGCUUCCUCCAAAACCAACUUUUUUUUUUUUUUUGCAGCCCACUUCUGCUGUAGAAGUUUAGCCCCUCUUAUAAAAUACUGGGGUCAGUGAUCUGGUAAGAGUCCAUUUUGUGGAGGGAAGAGAUGAUGAGCAUAACUCCAGUCCAGAUGCACUUUAAAGAAGCCAGCAGACAGUUAUGUGUAAGGAGUCCUCAGCUUGAGGCAACACGUGUAAACUAUCACAGUGGACUGGGCUCUUACCUAAGGUGAAAAGAAUUCUGGCCAGUCUGCUGUGCUAUCUAUAGGGGGAGCAAAAGUCUCAAAUGCUAAAUAAUUGUUGGGUUAAAGGAUUACUGCAUCUUCCAGCCGGCGUUGGCUUUUGAGAACUAGCUGGAGGUUAGUCUUAACCAUUUGCAACAAAAAAGCCUAGUAGCCAAAAACAGGCAAACAACUGCCAUAAAACAAGACUCAUCUGAAACCAAACCUUGGUGGGUCAGAAAAUGUGAGAUUUUUUUAAAAUUUUGCCUAGGGUGUUCUUUCUGACUUUGCACUAUCUGCUCUUGUGGAGGCAAAAGUGCCCAAUUCUGGCAGCUCCAUUUUCGCAUCGACUCUUAAACUUUCAAAUAAGUAGUGCAAACUCCUUGUGUUUCCCAUGAGAAGGGAUUUUUCAGUUAGUAGUGAAAGGCAGAGAGUUUUAACCAUAUUGAUGAUUGCCUCUGCCAAGCAACAGUGCAAGAGGGUACAGGGCACUUAAAGAAAUAGAAUGAAGCAACUUAUCUCUAAGUGUGGAUGAUCUGAAGGGGAGAGAGCUGUGGAAACUGAUGCUUAACACCUUAAGUGUAUUAACUUCCCAGUACAAAGUGUGCACCUGCAAAAGUUGCUUUAGAAUUCAGCUACACAUGAGCUGGCUUUCUGGUAAAUAAAGUGAAUCCCAUGUGUAAGCAUGACACUCUUGGAAAACAGCUGCAGAACAAUCUCUUGACUGAUGAGGUUUAUAAGAGAGUCUGCUAAUAAUGGAAUUUUCUGAAUAAUCAGGGCCUCUACCCCUAAAAUAAAUCUGUCAAUUUUUUUUAUGUAGUCCUUUUUUAUUUAAUAAGUGGGAAUAGUUUUUUAACAGGCUUUCUCAACAGUCAGGUGCUUCAGUGAAGAACCUAACACACCGCGGACCAGUGGAAACAACCUGAUGUAGAGUGGGCCCGAAUCUGAAACACUUGGUGGUGUUGGCAUGUGGCUUACUAGCUUCUCCACUCCUUGUUCAGAUUGAAGCUACAUAUUUUAAUUUGUACCAUCUAGUAUGAGGAGACAUUUAAGGUCAAUAUUUUUUCCUGCAUAAAUAUAGGGGUCAAGUUGGGCUGUACCAAACUGGCUGUCAAGCCAUCCUUACUACUUCUGUGUUUGUUUUCUCACUGCAGCCAACGAGGGAGCACUAUGUCCCUAGUUAGAUUCCCCCCACUUUUGAAUUGCCAUUUGUAUCAGUAACACCAUGUAACAAGAAUCCUCAUGUGAGAUUCUGUUCCUGUAAGGUGCCAAAUGUGAUUUCUUAAGGUUCUUGAAAUAAAACUCCUGGUUUUUGUGCUAUGGACAGUAACAUCCACGCCUGGCUAAAAGGCUUGUCAUGUUCCUAUUGCAUUCUACCUGCUAAACCUACACCAUUAAACGCUAUUUCCAAA